UUGCAGUAAACGUAAGAAAUGGUAAACAGCUCUCUUUAAAAUGGUAAACAGCUCUCUUUAAAAUGGUAAACAGCUCUCUUUAAAAUGGUAAACAGCUCUCUUUAAAAUUGUAAACAGCUCUCUGUAAAAUUGGAAAUGAACUGACCACAACCCAUACUAUCAACAAAUCAUAAGACAAUGUAUUGAGCUGACAUACGCCAGAAGAAAUCAUGCCAUAACCUUGUCACAUUCAGAAUAGAACUCUUCGAGUUGUCUGUGAUUUGGGCUAAUCUUAUGUUUAAACCCAAUACUAACUUGGUCGACAUUCAGCAGGUUCGAGCUAUUGCCUCCACAUUGAUACCAAUGAAAGAGCAACUUUGCUAUAGCGAGGUUGUAGAGAAAUGAACUUUUGUUACAGGAUUUAGCUUAAAAGACGACGUUUGGACAAAGAUGCACUGUCCGCUAUUGGUCAUAUCUGGUCUUCUGACACUGGCUUUUGUCCGACCGGUUGCGGAUGAGUGUUUGUUCUCUAGCAUCAGCAAGAAUAUGUAUGCGUCACCGGGUGACGUUAACAUUGGGGUAAUCAUGACGCAGACACACGGGAUAAAUGGAAACAAGUGCGAUAGCACCCAACUUCCCGGGUCCUGGGGAAUAGAGUACCCAGAGGCCGUAGCUUUUGCUGUGGACAAGGUGAACAAUGAAUUUCAACUACUCCCAAACAUUUCAUUAGGAUUCUACAUUUUAGACGACUGCGAGAUGACGUCAAUGGCGGUAGCCCAGUCCUUAUCUUUCAUCGUCCAGCCUGCAGCAUCGUGUCACUUGGAUUCCUGUUUCCAUCACACUUUGUCAGAUUCAUUGGACUCGGACCUGGACGUUCCGUUUUAUGAUGUCAUCGGGGUCGUUGCUCCUAUGACCAGCAUCGCUACAGUAUCUAUAUCCUACCUUUACACUAUAGCAAAAAUGCCUAUAGUAGGCUACAUCACCUCCAGUGAGGAGCUAAGCAACAAAGACCUGCACCCAUUGUUCUUUCGAGUCAUCGGCCCUGAUAAUUUCCAGGCUGACGCCAUGAUCAAGUUUGUCUUCCAGAUGGGCUGGAGCUACAUUUCCAUCGUUUAUUCUCAAGGAACGUACGGAGAAAGAGGCUUUGAAAGUUUAAAAUCUUCUGCCUCUAGAUAUAAUAUUUGUAUAGCCACGUCACACAAAGUGGACGAAACGGACGCUACAGACCUUAUUGCCUCUGAUCUUUUCAAUCAUGUCAAGGCAAGAGUUGUUAUUCUUUUUGCUGAGGAACUUCAAACAAAACACGUUCUCAAUUCUGUUGUUAAACUCAACGCUAUUGGUCAAUUUAUUUGGAUAUCUAGCGACUCUAUUUUUAUAGCCAGUAAGGAAUCAAUAUCGGAGCAUGCCGACAUCUUUGUCGGAGCAUUUGUAUUUUUUUUUUACUCUCCUCUACUUCGAGAAUUUUACGACUACGUUAAGAAACAGAACUUUCGUACCACUAGAAAUCCAUGGUUUAAGACAGCUUGGGAAUAUUUGACCAAUUGCUCUUUUAGCAAAGACAAUUGUGUUGAAAACGUAGAUAUUUUAAGAUCGCCAAAAUUUGAAUUCAUGCCAACUACAACUUUACUUAUUGACGCCAUCCUAACUUUUGCCAACGCGGCGCAUAAUUUGAUUCGUGAGUUAUGUCCUUCGGCUCAAGGACAUGACGCCAGGGCCUGUAUAUCUAGGGUUAACAUGGUCAACUAUUUAAAGAAUGUUUCCUUUACUGGAUACACUGGCGCGAUACAAUUUGACAACAACGGGGAUAGUGGUGGAAGGUACGUGAUCUAUCAGUUGGCAUACGACAGCCUGAACGUACCUUUGGGAUACGGCGAUCCUAACUCUACAUUGAGGAAAGGUUUAGUCAUGAAAGAAGUUGCAAACUACGACAGGUCGACGGGCACUGUACAAUACACAGAGUACAAUAUUUCUUGGGCUAACCUCAUACAGAAAGAAAGAAUCGUGCCCCUAAUGCCUGGAAAUGCUGAUUCGGGCAUUCCCGAAUCUGUGUGCAGCAGGCCGUGCGUAGCAGGUGAGUACAAGAUACAAAAAGAGCUGGCGUGUUGCUGGGAAUGUCGACGUUGCCGAGACAACGAAAGGAUUGUCAACAAAAACACAAGCUGUGAAGAAUGUCCUGAAUUUACAUGGCCGGAUCCAUUGUUAGACUUUACAACCUGUACAGAAAUAAGACUCACUUACUAUUCCACAUCGGACACGCUGUCCAUUCUACUGAUUACACUUGCAACUUUAACCUCUGUCUUGACCAUAUUUAUUGCUGUUUUCUACCACAAAUUUAGAGAACUCCAAGUGAUCAAAGCUUCAAGUCGAGAGCUAAGUUUUAUCCAGCUGUUGGCUAUUCUCACAGGCUAUAUUAACGUCAUAAGCUUCCAAACCCUACCCAGUGACAUAUCUUGCGUGAUAAAUUUUUUCUUAUUCUGCAUCAGCUUCUCCGCUCUAUAUGCGCCACUACUGAUGAAAACAAUUCGAAUAUAUCGCAUCUUUAAGACCUCAGUAGAGAACAUCAAAGGUUUACAUUUCAUAAGCCCCAUUUCACAAGUUUGUAGUUCUUCGGCUCUAAUUGUAGUCCAGGUAAUACACAUCAGAAGUUUUCAUUGUUCUUCAUGGAAAAAGAUUAUUUUAAACCAUGGGCGUAGUGAGAAUUUUUUUCAGUGGGGAUGGGAAAAGCCAAUAUAUAUAGAGAGAGCGCCGAACCAACAAAAAUCUGAGAGAAGAAGCAGGCCUAUCUAUCCUCCCGCGUCGUUCGGCGCUGUUGGGCGGCUGGCUGAUGUACGAGAGCGAUUCUGUGUACUACUCGAAGUUGAUCUAAGAAAGCCUCAGGGCGAUGAUCCAAUAUGUCUCUGUGUCGCCGUCUUUUCUAUAAGCAGCCCUAGUGCAAAACGAAGUCAGCUGGUCAGGACGGAACCGUUUGUAGAACUAGCCUGCGACCUGACCUUUCUAGGAUUGACCUCUUUUCUGGCCUACAACAUUAUUCUGGUCAUUCUGUGUGCUAUAUUUGCAUUCAAGACCCGCAAGCUGCCGGACAACUUCAACGAGUCUAGGUUCAUCUCUAUGUGCGUGUCCACCACCCUAGUCAUCUGGUUGGCCUUCGUCCCGACCUACUUUACAGCAGGCAUGGAAUACAUAAGAAUUUUGAUCCUAUCUGUGGCCCUUUUGCUCAAUCAUACAGUAGCACUGGUCAUGCUCUACUUGCCCAAACUUUACGCCGCUAUCUACAUCCCCAGCGAGUCAGUAAGAACCAAUAGAUUCAACUCACCUACAAGGCUGCAUGUUCCUAGAUUUGCAAGCACGAACCGAGUGGCUCCUUCACUAAGGGAUAUGGAUAAUAUGUGAUGGACAUAUUAAUAUUAUUGUACUAGCUACAGCUUCUGUCAGCUACUAUUCUUAAACAGGACCGGAUCUAGACUUGAUGAGGCCCCAAGCUACUUGAGAAAUGAGACCCCUUAUAAAUUUGAUCCCACAUUUAUCCCGCACUACCAGCGCCCGUUAUAAAAUCAACAUUACGUCAUUUUUCCUUAGCUCUUUCUUUCAAAUGAUUGGGAAAUAUCACUGAAAACUUUGUUUGGGGUAGUGCUGAGAAAGUUGGGACGCUAACCAAUAGCUUAUGUUGCCUAAAGGUAAAUCCGGCUUAGGGCUUAUCCAUAAUAAUACUUUUAAAGUUAUCUAGUCUAUUUAUCCCCACUAAAAAAAACAACAACCAAUAAAAUGAAUAUUGUUUAUAUAACACUAGAUAGAU